AUGGCGGACGAAAUGGAUUAUUUGUCUCCUGGUUACGACCUCAACACUCUCACAGUCCCUCGUCUGCGAUCUAUCCUCGUUAGCCAUGACGUCCCAUAUCCAGCAUCCGCAAAGAAGGCGCAGCUCAUCCAAAUCCUAGAGAGCGACGUUCUUCCCAAGGCGAAAAAGCUAUUGCGCGAACGCGAACGAGUAAGGAGGACAAGCGAGGGCAUUACGGACAUGGGGAGUCGCGCCACGUCGGUCGCGAGCGAUUACGACGACCAUCGGGAAAACGAAGCUCGGGAUUCCAUGCCUCCUCCACCGACACCCUCUACAGUUUCGACGGCAACUGGGACGCGCAGGGGUCGCUCUCGGAUGAGCACUAGAGCGUCGACUGCGGAUGCCGAAGAGGCAAACGUCCCUGUAACCCCUUCGACGGCUUCGAGACGGACAACGGCAAGAUUAGAUGGAAACCGGACUCGCUCUUCGGAAAUCAGCGAGCGAAACGAUGCCCCGACAACUCCUACCGUCGCUGACGCCUUCACGCCCCGGAAGUCCACGGCCAGGAAAUUGCGCAGAAGCGACAUGACUCCCUCCACUGAACCCGAGCCGCCUAUUUCAUCAGUCAAAACGGAGCCUAAGGAAGAAAGUGUUUUCACCCAUGACAAUCCUUUCCAAAGUGGGGGUUCACCAGCUCCCUGGGACUCGAGGAGAGGUGCAAGCCGGGAUGGGAAACGAAAGAGCGGCGCAUAUCUGGCUACCGAGAGCCCUGCGUUGAAUCAAGGCUUACGGUCUAGGAAGUCAGAUGCGCGUGCUUAUCUGAGUCACGAAGCGGAACCAACAGUCUCGGCUCGAUCUUCGCCCGAGUUUCAAAGUACUAAACCCACGACGCCUAAUCAACACUUUGAGCCUGAGGGAGAUUUUGACUAUGACAUAAGUGAGGAAAGUGCUGGUGAAGAAUUCACACCCGAAGAGCAGUUGGCGUUGGAGAGGGAACAUGCGGAUUUGAUGUACCCCCCAACUACGCCACGUCGGCGUCCUCAAACACACGGAACGGCAAGCACAGCCGCGCCUUGGGUGGUCAUCAUGGUUCUUCUUUGUGGUUUCGCUGGUUGGUGGCGACAGGAAAAGAUCGAAAUUGGCUUCUGUGGAAUCGGAAAGCCGACUUGGUCCUUGGCCAACACAAGAGUUCCCGAAUGGGCCAAUGUGCUCGAGCCGCAAUGCGAACCGUGUCCCUCACACGCGUUUUGCUAUAAGAAUUUCGAAGCCCGCUGUGAACAUGAUUUCAUCCUCAGGGCGCACCCUUUGGCUUUGGGAGGACUGAUUCCCCUGCCUCCGACUUGUGAACCCGACAGCGAGAAGGCGCGCCGUGUGAAAGCCGUUGCAGACAAAGCCAUUGAAGCGCUCCGUGACCGAAGAGCCAAGUGGGAAUGCGGUGAGCUCACCGAACAGGGCAAAGAAGCAUCUGGACCCGAGAUCAGCGAAUCAGAGUUGAAGCAGGAAGUCGCAAGAAAGCGACGGAAGGGAAUGAGCGAUGCGGAAUUUGAUGGUCUUUGGAAAGGCGCAUUGGGCGAGGUUGUCGGCAAGGAGGAAAUCAUCAGCAAAACAAAACAGUAA